GACAAGUAGCGUUGUGCCCAGUUUCUUCGUGUUUUUUUGGGAAUUGUGAUCGCAAUUUGGGGGUUUGAUUGUUUGUUUUUUUUUCGGUGCUCCUACGGUGAUUGAUCUUCUCUGCACUUGGGUUUAGUUUCGUUUUCUCGGAGUGUGGAAAAUUUUCGAGUUUUCAUGCUUGUAACAUGACUUGGGUGGAUUCCAGUUUUUUGUAGAAGUGGCAGGAUUUGGAUUGGAAGCGGAAGAGAUUUGUGCGUGCUCAAGAUUUUCAGUGCACGCGUCACUGAAGCGGAUUCUGUGAUUUAUUAGGGCUCCUGAUUGUUCCAGUGCCUCAGAUGUGAUUUUCGCUACCAAUCUCGCAGGAUUUCGAAUGAUUCUGAGCAGCGGAGCACCAGUAGUGUAGAUUUCGCUUCUGGGGAGAGUUGUUUUCAGUGGCCGUCCCCGUCUCCUCAAAUGGACCAAAUGCGAAUGCCUGCCCCUUUGUCAAUGCCACCACCUGUGUCACAUCCAGACAUGGGGCACAAUCCUAACCCUGCUCCGCAAAUGACUCUAGCUGCGCUUGCGCCAGUGCCGCAACCACGUCCUGUGCCUGUUGUGCAGCCUCCAAUUGCAUUUCAAGUUCCUAGGAAGCGAAUAAAUAAUCCAAGCGACAUCGAGCACUUUCACAAAUCGGAAGCAGGGAAAAUAUUUUUAGGGUUUAUUGCAGGAUUGAGCGCUUCAAUGGAAGGGAAGAAGCUGUCAGACUACUGCCGCGAGUCUCCCUUGAUCAAAACACUUUGUAAUAUAUUAGAAGAGAUGUCCUCGUGGAUUGAUCAAUUGCCUCCUAAGCAGCAGCCCGCUAGGUAUGGAAACCCCGUGUUUCGAGAGUGGCAGACAUGGCUGGAGGAGCGAGGGCCCGGGUUGAUGGUUCGAAUUCUCCCAGAGGAUUUGAAGGAGGGUGUAGUGGAGCUUUUUCCUUACUUUGCUGACAGCUUCGGAAACGCAACAAGGAUCGAUUAUGGUACUGGUCAUGAGACCAACUUCGCGGCGUGGCUUCUCUGUCUGGCAAGAUUAGGGUUAGUGAAUGAGGACGACUAUCAGGCUCUUGUUGCACGCGUCUUCGUCAAGUAUUUGGACCUCAUGCGCAAGUUACAGACCACCUAUUGGCUUGAGCCAGCUGGAUCACAUGGAGUGUGGGGUUUGGACGACUAUCAUUUUCUUCCCUUCAUUUUUGGGUCAGCGCAGCUGAAGGAUCACAAAUACAUGAAACCCAAAUCUAUACACAACGCAGAUAUUCUUGAGAAUUUCUCACAUGAAUAUCUGUAUCUUGGAUGUGUGCAGUUUGUGAAGAAGGUGAAGAAGGGUGUGUUGGCUGAGCACUCUCCAAUCAUAGAUGAUAUUAGUGCAGUGGCAACAUGGAACAAGGUGAAUAGCGGCAUGCUCAAGAUGUACAAAGCGGAAGUUCUUGAGAAAGUACCAAUUAUGCAGCAUUUCUUGUUUGGAUCUCUCAUCAAAUGGUAGAUUACUAGGAUGACAUGACUGUUUUUGGUAAGUUGUAUAAUAAAGACAGACCGAUAAUUGCGUUCUCAAAUAACCUGCUCUGAUAGCACUGGAUUCAUUUUGAA